AUGUCAUUAUUUCGAAAAUUUUUCUCAUGUUAUUCUACUGACAAUUGUACAAUUUCAUAUACAAGUAAUUUUUUACAAGAGAAAACAUUUUCUACUACUAAUAAUACUACUACUAAUAAUUAUAAUAAUAAUAAUAAUAAAAAUUGUAUUAUUUGUCAUGAAUCAGUGAUUACUUGUUUAAAUAAUCAAUCCAGUAACAACAAACAUAAAUAUUUAUCAUCAACUAAUACAAACUAUAAACAAUUAUCAUCACCAUCAUCAUCAUCAUCAUCCGUGAUCAUUGAACAUCAUAGUCAAUCGAUUCAAACAACACAACCUAAAGCAAUGUCUGUUUGUGUUACAUGUACUACUGAUAUGCUUCAUAAUACGGCCAAUAAUAAUAAUAAUAACAAUAAUAACUCUCUUGAUUUAACUACUACUACUAAUAAUACAUCUUAUCCAUAUGCCGUAACAUCAUAUCCAACACACACAACACCAUCAAUGAUGCCCAUCACUAACACUGUCGAUAUGAAUUCCAGUGAAAAAUCAAUCAGUCUACAAUGUACCAAAUUGAUUACACGUUUUAUUACAAAUUGUCCAUUUCAAUGGAAUAUUAAAUCAACUGCAAAUCAACAAAAAGCCAAUACAUUGAAUAGUAAUAAUAAUAACUGGGAGACGACAAUGAUUAUGACGAAUACAUUGACGAAUACGUCAACAAUACAAACUAUUACAGAAGAACAAGAAGAAGGAGAAGAAGGUGAAGGUGAAUGUUUCGAUUCAAUGAAGAAAUUAAAACAAACAGACGCGGAUGAAUUAAUUGAAGAAUGUGUCAUACCUAGUCCAGUGUUUAAUUUAUUCUUAUAUUUAGCACAAGAAGGUGUAUAUGCAAAAGAUUUAUUUCGACGACCUGGUAAUAUUGCUCAAAUUAAAGUAAGUAGUAUUGAUUGGAUGAUUUUGUUUUGUUCUCUGUUAUUGUGA